CCCAGUGGUCUGAGCGCAAGGAUCUGUACAGCCCCGUUGGAGACCGAGGAGCGUUACAUCCACCCCUAUGUACUGUGUGGUCCGUGAUCCUUGUGCUGUUAGUGCGGUCAUGGUGGGAUCAGGUCACGAGACAGGCAAGAAACAUAGUGUGGCAGCGACCAUGUUCUUGUUCCUUCGACCGAUUCUCAAAGCCAGUAAGCACGCGUCGAUCAAGAAGCCAGGCGUUGUCACAGAGGUGGUGAUGAGGGAGAAGAAAGGCGGAGCGCUCAGCAAGGUACAGAAGCUCAAGAGACGCAUAUCGCAUAGCUUCGGCAAGCUAGAGUCAAGAGAACGCAGAAAACAAAGUACAACGCACACGCGCACCCAGACCCGGCGAUUUUUAGAUUGUUUCCCCGACCGCCGUAAUGAACCCUAA